AUGGAGGUUCAGAUGUUCAGUUCUUCGCUGGGCGCCAUGGGCUCCCUUCUUGGGAAGCUUGGUUCUUUGCUGGUCUCUCCCGGGGAUCAGCUGCCAGACACACUGAAGCCGCAGAAGGAAAAACUGCAGAUCCUCAAACAAGAUCUAGAAGAAAUGAAUACCAUGCUUGGGAAUCUUUCAAGGGUGCAAGCUCCCAACACCAUGGGCAAACUCUGGAUGAACGAGCUGCGCGAUCUGUCCUAUGACAUCGAAGAUUACAUUGACAAGACAAUAUCCCCUUCCAAUACUGGUGAAAAGAAUCAAGAGAUCCCCUUUGAGAUCGAAGAAUUUGUCACUCUGGUGAAGCACGCCCGCGAUAGAUACAGCAGGUACGAUCUUGGGCGCUGGGCAUCCAGUCCUGCUAUGCCAAUGGUUGCUGAUGACCAACGCUCAGCGGCCAAGCAAUUACGGACCUUGUCGGUAUCAAUGAUGCAACCACCAAGCUUAUCAAGUUGCUUAGCAACGAUGCUGAGCAAGGGAUGA